CAGGGAGCAAGUGUGGAUGAGCUUCUGUUUUCUCUGUGUGUGUGUUUUUUGGAACGGUCUCACAUGCGCACACACACACACACACACACACAUGCACAGAGCAAACAUAAUGGAUGUGUCGUCUUUGCAAAGUUUGGAGGAACAUUAACCUUUUUUUAAUAUUGGAGUUUUAUUAGAAUAUUUUUAGCAGGUGCUGUACAACCCAUGAGUGAAUCACGUGUUCAAAGGAGAGGAUUAUGAAGGGUGUAUUUUUACUGUUUUUCCUCAUAUUUAUAAAAGAGGCUCACUUCUACCGCUAUGGGAACUCCAACCACCUUCAGCCAUACAUGCCCAACGUAUGCACGGAGCAGGAGAUGCUGCUGGUGGCCCAGAGGCAGCCGUGUGUGCAGGCCUUCACACGCAUGGUCAAAGUGUGGAAGCAAGGAUGUGCGGGACAGUCAUGGUGUAUGGGAUACGAGAGAAGGACGGCAUACUACACGGCGUACAGACAAGUGUACCGACAGGAUUACCAGACCGUCUACAAGUGCUGCCAUGGAUGGUCGCAGCUCAAUGGAGAAGCCGGCUGCCUUUAUCCCGUGUGCAGCUACGGUGUGUGCUUCAAUGGGGGUCAAUGUCGGGAGGGGUCCACUCAGCUAUGCGACUGUCCUGCGGGCUUCAAUGGGCCCAGCUGCCAGUAUGAUGUGAAUGAAUGCGAGGAGACCAACGGAGGAUGUGAAGCUCUCUGCUGCAACACCAUCGGAAGCUUUUACUGCCGCUGUCCCGCUGGAUUCCAACUAGGCCAAGAUGCCAAAACCUGUCAAGAUAUUGAUGAAUGCCAGGUCCACAAUGGAGGCUGCCAGCACACGUGUGUUAACACCAGAGGCUCCUACUACUGUGAAUGUCACAUGGGGUCUCGCCUGCAUGUCGACGGACGCACUUGCCUUCCCGUCCACUCGUGCGCCCUCAGCAACGGCGGCUGUGAACACUACUGCAUCCAGCAGUCAGCCGCUCAAUUCCACUGCCGCUGCAAGCCCAACUACGAGCUGGUGGAGGACGGCAAGCACUGCAAAUUGCAAAAUCCCUGUGCUGAUCACAAUGGAGGCUGCAUGCACCAGUGUCGGGCUGAUGGCGGCAAGGCUCACUGUGACUGCAAAGCUGGGUUCAUUCUGGCUGAGGACGGACGGACGUGUGAAGACAUUGACGAGUGCCAGAUGGAAGAAACCAACUGUGCUCACGGCUGCCACAACACGCUGGGCUCCUUCGCCUGUGUCUGUAACACCGCCUACGAGCUGGGCUCUGAUGGAAAACAGUGCUACAGAAUCGAGAUGGAGAUUGUGAACAGCUGCGAGGACAACAACGGAGGAUGUUCACACCACUGCCAGCAUUCCAACAGCGGGCCGGUUUGCUCCUGUAACCAUGGUUACAGGCUGGAUGACGACUUUAAAACCUGCGUUGAUGUGGACGAGUGUGGCCAGCAGAGCUCCUGCUGCCAGCAGAACUGCGCCAACUAUCCCGGAGGUUACGAAUGCUACUGCUCAGCAGGUUACAGGCUCAACUCGGAUGGAUGCAGCUGUGAUGACGUUGAUGAGUGUCUGGCAGUCAAUGGCGGUUGUGAUCACAUGUGCCAAAACAACGCCGGCUCCUACCAGUGUUUCUGCCGACGAGGUUUUCGCCUGGACGAGGAUCGCCUCUCGUGCAUCUCUCUGGAAGAUGCAGUUGAAGCCCUGUCCAGCGGGGGCGCCAUUGAGCUGCCUCUGAUUCGCCCCCAGCUCACUUUGCUGCACGACUACAGCCAGCCUCUGGAGCGCUAUGACGACUAUGAGGACGAUGAGGGGGAGCUGAGGGCCGAGAGUAAUCUGGCUGAGAAGUUUGUGUGCUUGGACGAUACUUUUGGCAACGAUUGCAGUUUGACGUGUGAUGACUGCUCUAAUGGAGGCAAAUGUAAUCUGUGGAGGAAUGGCUGUGAUUGUCCCGAUGGCUGGACGGGAGUAAUCUGCAACCAGACAUGUCCAGAGGACUAUUUUGGUAAAAACUGCUCCUUCCCCUGUAAGUGUAAAAACGGUGGCAGCUGUGAUCCCGUCACCGGGAGCUGUCGCUGCCCGCCGGGGGUCAGCGGAGAGUUGUGCCAGGAUGGCUGUCCAAAGGGUUUCUAUGGCAAGCAGUGUAAUAAAAAGUGUAACUGCGCCAACAAUGGACGCUGCCAUCGCACCUAUGGAGCCUGCCUGUGUGACCCUGGACUCUAUGGACGCUUCUGCCACCUCCCUUGUCCAAAGUGGACUUUUGGUGCUGGCUGCUCAGAGGAGUGUCAGUGUGUCCAACAGAACACUCUGGAGUGUCACCGUCGCUACGGUACCUGCAUCUGCAAACCUGGUUAUCAAGGCAACGCUUGCAAGGAAGAGUGCAGCCCAGGAAUGUACGGAGGCGGCUGUGAGAAGAAGUGUGUGUGCCCGGUGGGUGUGUCAUGUGACCAUGUGAGCGGGGAGUGCCAACGAAAGUGCCCGCCGGGUCGGCACGGCGAGGGCUGUGAUCAAGACUGUCCUGAGAUGACAUUUGGACCUGGCUGCAUCCAUCCUUGUAACUGCACCGGCGCCACCUGUGACAAAGUGACAGGACAGUGCACGUGUCCAGCCGGCACGACCGGGAAGAACUGUGACAAAUUGUGUCCAGAGGGGUUUUGGGGCGUGGCUUGCUCAGAAACAUGUCCACUUUGUGACAAUGGAGGUGUGUGUGAUAAACACAACGGCUCAUGUAAGUGCCUACCCGGCUUCCUGGGAACACUCUGCCAGAACUCAUGUCCAAGCGGGCGCUUUGGCCAAGGUUGCCAGAUGAAGUGCAUGUGCGAGAACAACGCUCGUUGCGACACAGUGAGCGGGCGGUGCACCUGCGCACCCGGCUGGACAGGUCACAACUGCAGGAAAGCGUGCGACACAGGCCACUGGGGGGCGGACUGUGCUGAGAGCUGCCACUGUCAAAAUGGAGACGGAAGCUGUGAUGCUGUGACGGGCCUAUGCAACUGCGAGGCUGGCUACACCGGAACACACUGUCAUCACAAAUGUCCAGCAGGUAUGUUCGGUCUUGGCUGUCACCAUCGGUGUCAGUGUGACAAUCGGGCUUUGUGCGACCACGUGAGCGGAGCUUGUACCUGCCAGGUGGGAUGGACCGGAACAUUCUGCGAAAAGCCGUGUCCUCAAGGAUUCUUUGGAAUGGACUGUCAGGAGAAGUGUUUGUGUCUUAAUGGAGGCCGCUGUGACCCGGCCAGAGGGGUUUGCUCCUGUCCGAGCGGUUGGACUGGACCGUUCUGCAACCAAACGUGCCCGAGCGGUUUCUAUGGCGUCGGCUGCAACCAAACCUGCUCUUGCCGUAACGGCGGCGUCUGCCACCCGGCCGGCGGUCUGUGCGCGUGCACAGCGGGCUGGAGCGGUGCCAACUGCACAGAAGAAUGCCCUACGGGGUUCUACGGGGUGGACUGUCGGCACCGCUGCCUGUGUCAAAACGGAGCCGCCUGCGAUAAAGCCAGCGGGAAGUGUUCCUGUUCCAGCGGCUGGACCGGAACCGCCUGUGAGCUGGAGUGCACGGCGGGACGUUUCGAGGCCGACUGCCAGCGCGAGUGUGAGUGUGAAAACGGCGGCCAGUGCGACAGACAGACCGGACGGUGCAGCUGCAGCCUUGGUUGGAAGGGAGAGCACUGCCAGGAAGCGUGUGAGCCUGGCACGUUUGGAGCCCGCUGCAGGGAGACGUGUCAGUGUGGGCGCGGGGCGUCAUGCCACCAUGUCACUGGAGAGUGUCAGUGCCCACCUGGAUGGAGAGGAAGAUACUGUAACAAAGCAUGUUUGCCAGGUUCUUUUGGGCCGGGCUGCAUGCGGCGCUGCAACUGUGCUGCGGGUACGUCUUGUCACCAUGUGACCGGAGAGUGCGGCUGUCCUGCAGGACUCACUGGGAGCGGCUGUGAACAAAUUUGCCUUCCAGGAACGUUUGGGUCAAACUGCAAUCAAGUGUGUCAGUGCUCUGAGACCAACCAGCUCUGCCACCCAGUGUCUGGAUUGUGCUACUGCGCCCCAGGUUUCCAUGGACCCAAAUGUGACCAAACGUGCGGAGCGGGUCGUUACGGUCCAAACUGCGAGAGGGAGUGUCAGUGUGCCAACGGGGGCGUGUGCGUCCCGUCCACAGGCGCCUGUGAAUGUCCUGCAGGAUUCAUUGGCGCUCGCUGCAACAUCACGUGUCCUGACGGCCGCUAUGGAGUGGACUGUGCUCAAGUGGCCCGGUGUGGGGACGGAGGAGCUUGGAGCGACCCGGUGACCGGUCGCUGUGUGUGCAAGCCUGGGCGAAGAGGAGAACACUGUACACACAGCUGUCCUCCAGGCUGGUUUGGCUCGGACUGCGUGCGGCGUUGCAACUGCAGUAACGGCGCCGUGUGCCACCCAGUGACGGGCAAUUGCACCUGCAGCCUCGGGUGGACCGGCCCACACUGCGACACGGCAUGCCCGGCGGGUAAAUUUGGCGCCGACUGUCAGCUGACAUGCAAGUGUGAAAACAACGGGACAUGUGACAGAGUGAGCGGGACGUGUCGCUGCGGUCCAGGAUACUACGGACACGUGUGUGAGCACGCGUGUCCCCCCGGUCUCUAUGGACCGCUGUGUCAGCGGCAGUGCGACUGUGAGGACGGAGCUUCCUGUCACGCGGCGUCCGGUCAGUGCGUGUGUCCCGCUGGACGCCAUGGUGCUCGCUGCCAAAGAGUGUGUGAACAAGGCACGUACGGUCACGGCUGCGCUAAAGUGUGCGACUGUGACACCAACGCUCCGUGUGAUCCCGUGACAGGAAGAUGUCUCUGUGCAGCGGGACAGACCGGACACAGAUGUGACAUUGACUGCAGAGCGGAUCACUUCGGGCCUGACUGCAUGCAGCGUUGCGAAUGCAAGAACGACGCACCGUGCGACCGACGCAACGGACGCUGCAGCUGCCUGCACAGCUGGAUUGGCCUCUUCUGUCAGGAAGGUGCAGUACGUCACGUACGUCAGUGUUGUCUUGCGCCAAAGAUGGCAUGCUGCAUGUCCUCACGUCUUCGUGCAUCUCCUCAGGCGGACCUCCACGCCUCCCCCUGGAGAACGGCCUAGGAACCUCCAGACAGGACAACUCCUUAUAGCGCCGCCAUCUGGCGGGGGGGGGGUUACCGUCAAAGCUGGAUGGACGUUUGAAAUCCACGUGGGGGGAAAAAAGAGAGAGACUGAGGAGAUUCCACUUUGAGACACAAACUGAAUCAUGAAUUUGUCUUCUUUAAGGCCAAAGUGGACAUCACAGCAGGAGACAAACACGCUCCACACAGUUAAAUAUUUGCCUGUACAUAGAAUGUUUGGUUUUGUACUGAAAUGUGAUGCAGCCAUGUUGGCAAUUGUGAUGCAAUUUUUAACCCUCCCACACAAAAUCAGUCAAAAACUUAAAAUGUUUGUUUGACAGCUGACUGCUUCAAUUUUUGUUCAUAGUUUACCAAGCAGUGUGAGGGCCACACUAAAAAGAAAAAAACCCACACAAUUAAUGAGCCACAUUAUGAAUAAAGUUAAUUUUGUUUUAUUUUUUUUAAUGUGGAAAUAGUUGUAAUAUUACAAUAAUUAAAUAAAAAAGAAACAUGUCAUUUAAACUUAUCCAAAUACUUUUUAAUUCCUUUAAACAAACAUAAUUAAGAAAAUUUUAAUUAAAUUAAAAUGAAGACUGUCCUCAUAUUUUCGCUCAUUCAAAAAAAAAGUAUUCCCGUGAUGAUACUAUUUUAAGUGUACCACGUCUUCCUCAGAAAGACCUCCAAGUUAAAACUUUCACAACAUUUUUUUCCCUUGUACUCCAAUGAAAUAGUUUUUACAUCUAAAUACAAUAAAAUCACGUUAUAUUACUUUACAAUGUAUUCAAAUGAACAGUUUCAUCCAAAAAGUGACUUUUUUUUCUAAAAAAUGUACCACUUUAUCCACGGUGUAUGUUUUUAUUUUCAAAAAAUAAUUUGACAUGACAGUGUGAAAAAGUUUGUCCCCUUCCUGUUUGUCACGCUUAAAUGUUUCACAUCAAUCAAAUUUAAAUAUUAGUCAAUGUCAACACAACUGAACGCAAAAGGCAGUUUUUAAAUGAAACUUUUUGUUAAGGGAGAAAAAAAAUCCAACCUACAUGGCCCUGUUUGGAAAAAGUGAUUCCUCCCUGUUAAAACAUAACUUGAGAUUAAUUGAGAUAUAUCCGUCUAGAAGCCAUUUCUAAAGCUUUGGGACUCCAGCAAACUACAGUGAGAGCCAUUAUCCACAAAUGGCGAAAACAUGGAACAGUGGUCAACCUUCACAGGAGUGGUCGGCCAACCAAAAUGACCCCAAGAGCAAGAAAACAUUGCCAGAAAACAUCUUAAUGAUGCCCUAGACCUUUGGUAAAAGACUGUGUGGUCUGAGGAGACAAAAGUUGAACUUUUUGGAAGGUGUGUGUCCCAUUACAUCUGGCAUAUAAGUAAGGCCGCAUUUCAGAAAAAGAGGACCAUACCAACAGUAAAAUAUGGUGGUGGUAGUGUGAUGGUCUGGGGCUGUUUUGCUGCUUCAGAACCUGGAAGACUCGCUGUGAUAAAAGGAACUAUGAAUUCUGCUGUGUCCCAAAAUAUCCCGAAGAAGAAUGUCCGGCCAUCUGUUGGUGACCUCAAGCUGAAACCAACUUGGGUUCUGCAGCAGGACAAUGAUCCAAAACACACCAGCAAGUCCACCUCUGAAUGUCUGAAGAACAACAAAAUGAAGACAUUGGAGUGUCCUAGUCAAAGUCCUGACCUGAAUCCUAUUGAGAUGCUGUGGCAUGACCUUAAAAAGGUGCUUCAUGCUGGAAAACCCUCCAAUGUGGCUGAAUUAUAACAAUUCUGCAAAGAUGAGUGGGCCAAAAUUCCUCCACAGCGCUGUAAGAGACUCAUUGCAAGUUAUCACAAACGCUUGAUUGCAGUUGUUGCUGCUAAGGGUGGACCAACCAGUUAUUAGGUUUAGGGGACAAUCACUUUUUCCUCACAGGACCAUGUAGGCUUGGAUCUUUUUUCUCCCUUAAUGAUAAAAAGUUUGAUAAAAAUGAUAAAAAGUUUAAAAACUGCAUUUUGUAUUCAGUUGUGUUGUCAUUGACUAAUAUUUAAAUGUGUCUGAUGAUCUGAAACAUUUAAGUGUGAUAUGCAAAAAAAUAAAAAAAAAAUCUGGAAGGGGCAAACACUUUUUUACAUCACUGUAUUUAGUUUCAUUUUUAGUUUGGUACUAGUAUAAGUAGUUCGACACACACACACACACACACACACACACAAACAGCAAAAUGUCAGCAAAGAGGCAUGUUUUUGGUUUUGCCAUUGGUCAUUUUCUUUAAUGGAGAUGAAGCUGUACAUCCUGUCUAGAGUUGAGAUUCAAGCACAGUGCAGUUAGCAACGCCUGCAAAAGAAAGUUUAAAAAGAAAAUAGAAUAAAAAG